AUGGUAAGACUUGAAGGUGCUUCUUGUGCGAUGAUCGUGAAGUUAAACACAACAAAGAUAUUUAUCUCGUCCCAUUGCACCAAAGAAGAUCUUUCUGAUCCUUUUUCACAAAACAAAAGUCGUCCUUUUUCGGAUGAAAGUGUGGUUUCAAAGGAGAUGAACAAGACAAUGGAAAGUCCUACCAUGAAAGAAAUUUGUGAUGAACAAGAUGAAUCCUCCCGAAAAAAAGGUGAACCAACGACAGUGACCAGAUAA